GCUGCUGAGAGGAGGCUGCUCUCUCCCUGCACCUCAUAUACCUCCACAUUGUAAGGCUGUUUGUUUCCUGAGAAGACAGCAUGGAUGGGAAGAUUACUUAGCAGAAGGACUUUGGUUACUUGGAGAGAGGCUUGGGAGCUUUGCAACCUCCUCCAUGACUGAGCUGCACAUUGUAGUGCACACAAGGAAACCCCAACACAGACAUGGUCCCUGUGCUGGGCAAUGCAGGCUAUGCCAACCAUACAGGACUGGUUGCAGACAGGUUCCCUGGCAGAGAAGUACCACCAGCCAGGAAAAGGCUGCAGUCCGCAGAUGAAGCUCUUCAAGGCAGCCGUCCUCCUCCUGAGGGAGCUGGGGCAGCCUCUGUGUCUGAACUGUCAGAGGGACCUGGGCUAGGGGAAUGGUGCCCCUACUGCCAAGCAAAACUGGCUGAACUGAAGAAACAAGCCCUCAAAUUGGCUGUCCCUGGCUCCAUAAUGAAUGCUCAAUUUUCAGCUUUAAUUUUCGACAAGCUCCAAGUGCCUGACUAUCUGCAGAAAAGCAGGAAUGAAGGAGAGAGUCGCUGCGAUGUCUGCGCAACUCACCUGAAUCAGCUAAAACAAGAAGCCGUGCAGAUGAUUCAAACCAUCAAUCAAGCCGGAUGUCCGGAUAUUCUUGAUCGUCCCCAAACGUCGGUGCCUGUGGCUACUGUCAUCCCCAGGUUCUCGCCCCAGAAUGUGGUCACAGUGUCCUCGCCGAAGGAAUUGCUGAUGAUUGCAGGGCAGGUGGGUAGACAGUCUGGAAAAUCGACAAAUAUUUUUUCUGGGACGGAGCGAAGGAAAGGACUUGGAUGGCCUCAUGGGCAGGGAAGUUUUCCAAGUUCAAGUGUACAAGUGACGGUGGGUUCUAGCGGCAUUGCUGGGGCAUUGAGUUCAGUCACCAUACAAACUCAACAAUAUCUAGAGGGAAUGUGGAGCAUAUCAAGGGUGAAUAGUUUCCUUCCUCCUUCCAGCCAACCUGACUCUACAUCCAUAGACGGGGGAAGGGAGAACCCGAGUGCGGAGACUUCUUCAGGGCAAAACAUCAGCGAACAGAGUUUAGCAGGACGAUCAGAAAGAUUCGUACCAACCGCUGUUGUGUCUCCUGCGACGUCGGCUGCAGCUUCAUUUUUCAUCAGAGCGGCUCAGAAGCUUAACCUGUCUUCAAAGCGCAAGAAGUAUCACCCGCCUCUUCCUCACUCCCGGGAGUAUUCCACGUACUCAACCAACUUCAGUGGCAUUCUCCAAUUAUGUCCUCCUCCAGCUCCUCCAUGUUUAAUGAGAGCCGUGUCCAAGAUCAAGGACAAUCCAGGCAUGGGAAAGGUAAAAGUCAUGGUUAGAAUCUGUCCUUCUCAAGCAAGUCACGAUACAUCUGAGUCCAUGUCCUUUUUAAAAGUUGACCCACGGAAAAAACAGAUUACUCUGCAUGAUCCGUCUACUUGUGGUCCAUCCAUGUCAGGCCACAGAAGAGCCACUGUUGCUGCUCCAAAGAUGUUUGCCUUUGAUUCUGUGUUCCCCCAAGAUGCUUCUCAGGCUGAAGUUUGCUCUGGGACUGUUGCAGAAGUGAUCCAGUCUGUUGUGAAUGGUGCAGAUGGGUGCAUAUUUUGCUUCGGUCAUGUCAAGCUUGGUAAGACAUAUACGAUGAUUGGCAAAGAUGCUUCUACACAAAGCCUCGGCAUUAUACCCUGUGCAAUCUCCUGGCUUUUCAAACUAAUCAACGAGAGGAGAGAGAAGACUGGAACUCGCUUCUCAGUCCGGGUAUCUGCUGUCGAAAUCUUUGGCAAAGAUGAAAACCUUAAGGAUUUAUUAGCCGAAGUAGCCAGUGGUAGCCUUCAAGACGGUCAGUCCCCUGGGGUGUAUCUCAGAGAAGAUCCAAUCUGUGGAACUCAGCUUCAAAACCAGAGCGAGCUGAGAGCCCCGACGGCAGAAAAAGCUGCUCACUUUCUUGAUGCUGCCAUUGCUGCAAGAAGCACCAGCAAGGUGGAUUGUGAUGAAGAAGACAGGAGGAACUCGCAUAUGCUUUUCACCCUUCAUAUAUAUCAGUAUCGUAUGGAAAAAAGUGGAAAAGGAGGAAUGUCAGGUGGACGCAGCAGAUUGCACCUUAUUGACCUUGGAAGUUGUGAAAAAGUGUUGAGUAAAAGUCGUGAUGGGGGAGGAGGCCUCUGUCUGUCUCUGAAUGCUCUUGGUAACGUCAUAUUAGCCCUGGUGAACGGUGCCAAGCAUAUCCCAUACAGGGACAGCAAAUUAACCAUGCUCCUGAGGGAAUCUCUGGGGAAUAUUAACUGCAGAACAACGAUGAUUGCCCAGAUCUCAGACUCUCUGUCAAAUUACCCAGAAUCCUUGGCCACCGUUCAGCUCGCUUCAAGGAUUCAUCGACUGAAAAAGAAAAAAUCCAAGUAUGCAUCCAGCUCAUCUGGAGGAGAAAGCUCUUGUGAAGAAGGCAGAGCGAGGAGACCACACCACAUGAGACCCUUUCAUCCAAGGACAGUUGUACUUGACCCUGAUUUUCCUGCGCUUGGAAUGCAGAGUGAUCCGGAUUAUUCUUCUAGCAGCGAGCAGUCAUGUGACACAGUCAUCUACGUUGGUCCAAAUGGAGCGGUUUUAUCUGACCAAGAUCUGACUGAUAAUGAAGGUCCUCCGGAGUUUGUCCCUAUUAUUCCUUCGCUUCUCAAGAGAAGGAGCAAAGAUAAUUUAUCCAAUCUCCGGAGUGUUGAUAAUCACUUAAAAUGCAACACAUUUGCAGAGCUACAAGAAAGACUUGAGUGUAUUGAUGGCAGUGAAAAUCCUUCCAGGUUCCUCCAUGAAGAACUUGCCUCAACAGCUCUUACCACAAAAGCCAUGAACUGCCAGGAAAAUAUACCUCCUUUGUCACAACAAGAGAAUCUGCCACAGUCACCCAGGAAAGGAGAGAGUAAUAACAUUUCAUCUGCUUUUCCAUAUAAUUGUUCAGGAUUGGAAACAACUUCACCUCAACUUACACAUGAGCACCCUCAACAACAUGCCAAAGCUGAAACUGCACGUAUGGACUAUAUCUCAGAUGGAGAUCAGUUGACAAUCACAGAGAGACAAAAAAGCCCAUUACCAAGUAAUGGCAAAUGCAAGGAACAACCAAAACUAUCUACUGAUCCAUCAGUGAGAGAGAAAAGCCUCCUUACAAAAAGACCUCUCCCAAGUCCUGCACCACCACCUCCUCAAAUGAACUCUCAAGUGAGCUUAGAUUCAGGUAGUGGUGUCAGGACGCCACCUGUCGGAAUGAGCAGAUUAAUGAACCAGGAAAAGCACAAUUUACUAGGCAGCACAUUCCCGGUUAUGAAAAGCACCCCUAAACAGCCUGGCCCAGUUGAGGUACGCAGAUUUUGCUCAGCAGUGAAAGGAAAGGGAUUUAAUCGCGAUAUCGUAACCACAACAGUAACACUGCAGAAGCCUGUUGAGCUUAAUGGAGAAGAUGAACUUGUGUUCACUGUUGUUGAAGAACUGUCCAUAGGUGGUAUUCUUGAUAAAGGUAGACCAUCCAGCAUCAUUAGCUUUAACAGUGAUUGUUCUCUGCAGGCCCUUGCUUCUGGAUCUAGACCAGUCAGUAUUAUAAGCAGUAUUAAUGACGAGUUUGAUGCCUACACCUCACAGAUAACCACCUCCUCUGGUGUCAAUAUUGAUAUUGUGGUUCCCUUAUCAGAGGAUCAAUGCACAAUCAGCAGCCGACGCUCUUCUAUAAGCUCAUGGCUGAGUGAAGUGAGUAUCUGUACAAUUAAGAGCGAUGGAGCACAGGCUUACGACACUUCAAUUCCACACUUAUCUCAUAAAAGUGAUGAAAUUGUGGAUUGUUUGGAUUUGGAUUCAGACAACACAAACACUCAUAUUGGCAAGAGUCUAAAAAAUUCUCUAAAUGAUAGUGGGUUUUGCUUUUCUGAAAUGGACAAUGACAGUAUCAGUUCCAGUCCCAAGACCUCUGAGCUAACCAAAGCUAUGCCAACUGCUCAACAAGCAACUAGCCAACUUAGAGCUUGUAGCACCUGGGGCACAAUUUCAGUAGAAACGAUCCAUUCUAGUCUUCCUCGGAAAAAUAAGUCUACCUCAAGCACAACCCAUGCUAAUGCAUUGACAUGCAAAGAAGGCAUGUUUGAAGACCCAUGGACAGUGCGACAGGAUAAUUCCUUAGAAGGAAGGACUGAAAAUCAGACUCUUUCUGCAAAAUCAUCCACUUUGGUUACUGACAAUCAGUUUAAACAAAGCUCAAAACUUGCACAAACCAGUAUGCCUAAGGCUGUAAAAUCCCAAACAACACUGGGAUGUUCACAACGGGUGGUAGAUGGCUGUGAAAUGGAUCCUAAACCUUCCACUAAAAAGAACGAGCCCCUCACAAAAGUGCCACAACUAAGGAGAGGUGCCACAACAUUAGGUGUAGUAACAAACUACAGUUCCCAAAGUGAGCACGGGAUCAAAGGAUCCUCUGAUGCUGUGUUUUCCGAUAGCAGUUUAAAGUUGUCAGGAUCUAAAAAAGCUUUACCGCAGAAGACAAGUAUGUUGCCAAGACCAGGUGGGACUGGACCUCCAGCUCCUCCUGUAAGAAAGUCAAGUUUAGAUCAUAAAAGUAAUCCUCUUCACUCCAAUAGUCUUGGCAGGUUAGAAGGAUCAGAUUAUAGCAGAUCAACUUUAAAUUUAGAAGAAGAUCCUGAAACACAACUUGGCAGCAAAACUGCUAAAAGCGACCAUUCAGUGCCCAAAGCAGUAUCCAGCUUAAAGACUAAAUCCAACAAAUCUGAAUGUGUUCAGCGCUAUGGUAGCCACAUGUCCCUGGAAAGAUGUGAUAGUCUUACAUCUGUUGGCUCAAGAGCAAAUGGGAAUCGAGAUACCAGCAGUGUCAGUAAUGUCAAUAAGGUGGGACGUACAGUGCCUAGGCUUGGCAAUCCACCUGUAUCAUCUAAUGCAAUUACUUCACCACCCUCAUGCACCUCCUCUACCAAAAGCAACCAGGCUAAAAGUUCUCUUUCCCAGAAAGCUACAACAAGUUUAGGCAAAAACCGCAGCCUUUCAACCAAUGGAUCAAAACCUCUUAGUUCUUCUGUAAAGUCUCUUAAUCAAUCAAGUGGUAAAUGCUCUGGAAUACCUCCUAGUGGAAAAACAGGUUCGAGGUUAGUGCCGAGUGCUAAUGGCAAACCUGCGAGAGGAACAAUUAUGGGCACCAAGCAAGCAUUAAGGGCUGCCAACAACCGUGUCAAUGAGUUGGCAUCUGGUGGUACUAGCAAAAUUGGGAACUUUCGAGGGUCAACGGAUUCCGAUAGUGGAAAUGAUAGUGGUAUUAACCUUAGUGAUGAAAAAACUCAGGCUCCUGUUCUACCUUCACCUUAUAGUAAAAUAACAGCUCCAAGGCGUCCCCAGAGGUACAGCAGUGGGCAUGGCAGUGACAACAGCAGUGUUUUAAGUGGAGAGCUGCCCCCUGCAAUGGGAAGGACAGCCCUCUUCUAUCACAGUGGUAGCAGUGGAUAUGAGAGCAUGAUCCGGGAUAGUGAAGCCACCGGAAGUGCAUCCUCAGCCCAUGACUCAAUGAGUGAAAGUGGAAUGUCAUCUUCUGGACGACUGAGGAGUUUAAAGUCCCCAAAGAAAAGAGGACUUCAGCGUAGGAGGCUUAUACCCACACCUCUCCCAGAGGCUUCAACAGUUGGCAGAAAGAAUAACGUCACUGGCCAAUGGGUCGACCUCCCACCUUUGCCUGGCACUUUAAAAGAACCAUUUGAGAUCAAGGUUUAUGAGAUUGACGACGUGGAACGGCUCCAGAGACACAAGCGUGAAGAGCCAGAGCUUUUCCAGGAUAUGGAAAAGGGUCUGAUGUACUUCAACACCAAACUGAAGGUUGCGGAAAGACGUCAACAGAGAAUUAAAGAUGUAAAGGCAAAAUACGAGAUGUUGAAAGACGAGUUGGAGGAAACAAAAGCCCGAUUAAUGAUGGAUCCCAACAAGUGGAGAGGAGAAUUUGAAGUGGACCCAGAUCUCGACAGAGAGUCUCAGGAGUACCUAGAGGCACUGGAACAAGUCACAGAGGACCUGGAGCUCUGUGUAAACAUAUGCAAAUCUCACGUCAUGAUGGUGACCUGCUUUGACAUCGGAAUGAUCGCGGAUCAGCAAGAUAGUGGAAGAGAAGUGGAAGUUUGAAGAACCUGAAGAAAGCUCAAGUUGAAGACAAUAAUGGACAUAAUAAAGUUGAUUUGGAAAUGUCUCUGCAUUGUGCAUUGAAACAAAAUUGUACCGGAAUGUGAAAAUGUAAAAAAUUGGAAAGAAUGUUACUGGAUUGAUACCGAUGAUGAAUUGUAAUGACUUGAAUGAAUACGGUGCCUCUAGACCAUGCAUCGGCGAAUCAUGGUUCUCCGCAGAGACCUGCCGCCAGGGGUGGACAUGAAAAGCAGAAGGUUCCUAUGCAAGAAACCAAGCUGUCACAGUGUUAGUACAGUGCAGUGCCCCCUUCAGGUUCUUUGUCUCCACAGCAGCGCAUAAAUACCAGUGCAGCCAAGCCCCCUUCACAAGGGUGUUUCCUGUAUACAAAUAUAGCUAGCAUUGAGCUAAAUGGGAGCUGUAUAAAUCUGUAUGCAUUGAGCUCCCCCUAGUGGUGACUGCAGAGUUUUAUAAUUUAGCUCUAUGGGGGAGAAGGAAAGGAUAUAUAUUAAAGGAGUAAAAACUUAGUGUUUUGAUAUGAUGGUGCACCCCCUUACUUAUAGGACCCGUGCCUACUACAACCUACUGGAACCUGGAAUCACCCCUGGUAUUACAUUUAUGCCUCAUUCAGAUUAGUCUACUUUCACACUCGCGUUUUGGCUUUCCGUUUGUGAGAUCCGUUCAGGGCUCUCACAAGUGGUUCAAACGGAUCCGUUUUGCCCUAAUGCAUUCUGAAUGGAAAAGGAUCCGCUCAG